UAAUUAUUUUUUAUUUUUUUUUUAAGGUCAGAGUUUAUAAAAAUGAUAAAAGGGUUUAGCGCCGGCUGAGGACUUAAUUGAGAUGCUUGUUAGUACCCUGGCUGCCAAUUGGCAUAUUAUUCCUCGUCUUCCCGUUCAAAUUCUAUCAUGUAUAGAUAAUUGUUGAGAGUGAUUCAUAUAACAGUUGGCAUCAUGAUGGUGAUGCAUUGAGCUUCAAUAUUGUAUCACAUUCAUAAGCUGUAAUUUUUUUUACUCGGUUCAUGUUUGAUAUAUCUUUACGUACACACUGUACUCAGCCAAGGCAGAAAGAAUCAUAACAAGUUUAUAUGAACAAGAGUAUAAGAUCAUCCAAGUUUGUUACUUGCUCUCUCCAAUGGCAUACCUGAAAUCAGAAUUCAAAAUUAUUAUUGGAUUUUAUACUCUUGUACUCUUGUUUUCUUCUUUCUUCAGGAUUUCUGUCCUUUCUGAUGAAGCUAGCAACGAAGGUGCAUACAUGCUGAAGCUUAUGAAUGCACUCAAACCCCCUGGCUGGUCCAACACCACCCAUAUGUGUCACUGGACUGGCGUGACUUGCAACAAUCCAAGUGGAAGGAUUGAAAAGAUCGAUCUCAGUUCAAAGUCUCUGACGGGAACAGUUCCUGCAGGCCUCAACGACUCACUCUCCCAACUCACAGUACUCGAUCUCUCCUACAAUAAUCUGAGUGGGCCUGUUCCCUCUCUCGCCAACCUCUCCUUCCUCCAGGAAGUGUACCUCCACAACAACAACUUCACCACCAUCCCUCAUGGUUGCUUCCAUGGUCUUACUAGUUUGCAGUACUUGAUCUUGAAUAACAACACCAACCUCAAACCAUGGAACUUUCCUACGGAUUUGACUGCUCACUCCCCUCAACUCAAUAUCCUCUACCUCUCUUCUACAAAUCUCAUGGGAUCCCUACCAAACAUAUCCCAUUUCUUCCCAACUAUGCGAGAUCUUGAUCUCUCUAACAACAACCUCUCCUCCAUCCCUGAGGGUUGCUUCCACAACCUAACCACUUUGUAUGGCCUCUUUUUGGCCAACAACACCAACCUCGCACCAUGGACCUUCCCCCUCGAUUUGACUCAUUCCUCAUUCAAACUCUCCGACCUCUUUCUCGAGGCUACAAAUCUAAUGGGAUCCCUACCAAACCUGUCUCAUUUUUUCCCCUACUUGAGAACCCUUUCUCUCUCCAACAACAACCUUACCUCCAUCCCCCAAGGUUGCUUCCAGGGUCUACCCUCUUUGACGUGGCUGUGGUUGCGAAACAACACCAACCUUGCACCAUGGACCUUCCCCGACUUGACUCACUCCACACAACUGAAAGAGCUCAAGCUUGCUGCUACAAAUGUCAUGGGCCCUCUACCAGAAAUAUUUGACUCCUUGACAAGUUUGGAGACUCUUCUUCUCUCCAACAACAGCCUCACUGGUGUCUUGCCUGAGUCUUUUGGAAGGUCCAAGAUUACCACAUUGCACCUCAACGACCAGAAGGGCAAAGGAUUUUCAGGUACAAUGGAUGUUGUUUCAAAUAUGAUCGAUUUGUCUGAAGCGUGGCUUCAGGGGAACUCCUUCGGUGGAUAUAUCCCUGACAUGUCUCGUUGUACCGCCUUACAAGAUUUACGACUUGCGCACAAUCGGUUUACAGGUGUGAUUCCAGAUUCUCUGAUAAAUCUCAGUAGCAGGAACCUGCAAACUGUUACUUUGAACAACAACUUUUUUCAGGGCCCUAUGCCUACUUUUUUCGGAGCUUCUGACACUAAUAACACCGCCAAUGCCUUUUGUCGAGACAACUUUGAUCCUUGUGAUGAGAGAGUUACCAUUUUGCUUGAAAUUGCAUCUGCAUUUGGAUAUCCUUAUUUGUUGGCCAGUUCAUGGCGAGGAAAUAAUCCAUGUCAUAAUUGGAGUUUUGUUGCAUGUACUGCGACUAUGAUUACAACCGUGAAUUUCACAAGGCAGAAUUUGACAGGAACUAUCUCGGGUGCGUUUGGUAAAUUAACUCAUUUGGAAAACUUGUAUCUAAGUGGUAACAAUUUAAGCGGUUCAAUACCUGAAAACUUCACAUCUCUUCAUCAACUCAACAAUCUCGAUGUCUCCAACAACAACUUAUCAGGAAAAGUUCCCGAUUUCUCACGUCGGGUAAACCUGAAUACUGAAGGUAAUCCUUCGUUCGAGAGAAGCAAUCCUUCGCCUGAGGGAAGAAAUCCUUCGCACAAGAGAAGAAAUCCACCUGCUUGGAUCAAAGGCGCAAUAGCAGCAGCAGCAGGUAUUGGAGGUCUUGUUUUCUUGGUUAUAAUUAUUUGUAACCGGAAGAGGUGUCUUAGCUUCUUACAAUGGAUUUUGUGGAAGAAAACAGGACCAUUUAUUGAUAAUGAAUUUGAAGAAUUUAUGAAAACUUAUGGAUCUUUGAUGUUAAAGAGAUAUAAUUAUUCUGAAGUGAAAAAGAUGACAAAUUCAUUUCAUGAUAAAUUAGGAAAGGGAGGAUAUGGCAUUGUAUACAAAGCAUGCUUAAGUGAUGGUCGUCUAGUGGCAGUGAAGGUAUUAACCGAAUCCAGCGGAAGUGGGGAGGAAUUCCUAAAUGAGGUAGCUAGUAUUGGAAGAACAUCUCAUGUGAACAUUGUUUCGCUUUUGGGAUUUUGUUAUGAGAAGUAUAAAAGGGCACUCAUUUACGAAUUCAUGCCAAAUGGUUCUUUGGAUAAGUUCAUCUACAAACAAGAAUCGUCAAAUGCUAUUUGUAAUACGGAUUGGAACACCCUGUUUCAAAUUACAAUUGGUAUUGCACGAGGAUUAGAAUAUUUGUAUCGAGGUUGUAAUACAAGAAUUUUGCAUCUCGAUAUUAAGCCUCAAAAUAUUCUGUUAGAUGAAGAUUUUUGUCCGAAGAUCGCUGAUUUUGGAUUGGCAAAAAUUUGCAAGAAGAAGGAGAGUAUCGUAUCUAUAAUAGGUACAAGAGGAACUCCUGGAUACAUUGCACCAGAAGUAUUUAGUCGAACCUUUGGUAAAGUUUCUCAUAAAUCUGAUGUGUACAGUUAUGGUAUGUUGAUUCUUGAAUUGGUGGGAGGCAAAAAGAACUACAACACCAGUGGAUCACUUACUAGUGAGAUGUAUUUUCCAGAUUGGAUUUACAAGGAUCUCGAGCAAAAUACACUUGGACGAGGUUUGCCCACUACAGAAGAAGAAAAUGAUAUGAUAAAGAAAAUUACUUUGGUGAGUUUAUGGUGUAUUCAAACAAAUCCAUCAGAUAGACCAUCAAUAGAUAAAGUAAUAGAGAUGUUAGAAGGGCCACUUGAAUUAGUGUCAUAUCCUCCAAAACCUGUAUUAUAUUCUCUAAAAGUAUCUAUCUCACAGCUUUCACGGAUCUCCUAUAGCAGUACAGAUGAGGAGGAUCCUGAAAUUGUUGAGGAGAUUGUUUCCAUCAAAUAAAAUGAGUUAACAUGUGUAGUGUAAUUAUACUGUAAGUUAUAUUCUCACUUAGAUUGUAAUUGUGUAUGUCUUUCCCUCUUAUGAGGCAUACAUGAAAAUAUGCUUUAAUUUUCAUACUGGGCGGAAAGUGUAAUUAAAUAC